AUGAAGCCCCAGCAAUGGCUAAUUUCUCAUCAUAACCCUCGGGUUUGGUCUCGGGUAUCACGAAACAUCGCGCAUUUCAACGUCCCGAUCACAAGACAACAGUCCAGGUUCAGCACGAGCAGCGAACUCCCUGCACGUCAGACAACUCAUCACUACCGCCCCCUGCAAGUCCUCCAGGAUGCUACCAUAGACCGUUUCCGUGAAGCCUGCUUCAACCCAGAACUUCCUGCCAUCUUGCCCCGCCGGCACUUUCGCGACUUACCAGCCCUCGAACGUUGGUUUCGUCCCUCCGAUGCGAAUACCCACCGAAUCAAUGCGGAAUACCUAGAGAAGCACGGCGCAGACGCGUCUGUCCCGCUCGAAUUGACGCAGCCUUCGCCGGCCCCUGCUGGUAAUGGACAAGAAACCGACGCUCUCAGCUUCCGGCAAUUCCAUGCGCCGCUGAGUCUAUUUUUACAAUGGAUGCGGGCGUCAGAAACACAACCGCAAGCCAUGCGACUCUACCUAGCACAAUGCCAGCUGUUGGAUUUGCCGCAGGUUCUUCGCGAUGACUUUCCCGCCCCCGAUAUCGUGUCGCAAGCGGGCAAUGGCGAUAUCUACGAUACGAAUGUGUGGAUAGGACACCCGCCUACAUAUACCCCUCUCCACCGCGACCCCAAUCCGAACCUUUUCGUCCAGCUUGCAGGGCAGAAAAUCGUGCGGUUGCUAGCUCCCGAUAAUGGAUUGGCGGUGUUUGGUUCUGUACGAAGACAGCUCGGGAAGAGUGGGAACCACGAGGCAGCUGCGUUCCGUGGGGAGGAGAUGAUGCAGGGUCAGGAGAGGACACUGUUAGAACAGAUGGUGUGGGACGAUGGAGACUCAGCCGCCGAAACUGUUCCAGAAAAGGAAGGGUAUGAAGCACAUCUGGAGGCUGGUGAUGGACUGUUUAUUCCGAAGGGAUGGUGGCAUAGUAUUAAGGGAGUUGGGGAGGGUGUUACUGGCUCGGUGAGUUAUCUGAAAUACCCGGAGAUCUCAAUUCUAACCAUAUCUAGGUCAAUUGCCACAAUCCAACACUCCGCACACCAAUCCGCAAAUCGUCCCUUCUCGACACUCCUCCAUCAGUGUCCUUCUGCUCUCUACCAAUCCCACAUCAACAUAAACCAAUACUCAACCUCAUCCACCAUGGCCUCGGACUCCACACCCACCGAGCAACAAAAACAACCGGAACAGCAGCAACAGGAGGAGCAGCAGCAGGAACAGCUCGCCCUCCCCGACGCCAGCUCUUCAACCAACACCCUCGAUCUCAGCAGUGGAAGUGAUGCGGUCAAAUUAGACCAUCUCGGACCUAUGGUCGUGAAUCAGGAUGGGACGUUAGCGAGAAUCACGAACUGGGAACAUAUGGCUGAGAUUGAAAAGAAGAAUACAUUGCGGGUGAUUGGGAAGCGGAAUAAGCAGCGUUUGGAGGCUUUGAAGGCUGCUAGGGCAGCGGAGGAGAAGAAGGAGUGA